UGAUAGUGUUAUCAGUGAAAAUGAGAUGUUACGUGUCAUCAAUUAAUAUUUCUUUAACAUAAAAAGAAGGAUGUGACAAUUAUAACUAUUUAUCAUCUAACCUAUAAAUUUUCCACCAUACCGGUGUGACAGCUACAAUCUGUCAGCUGUUGUAAUGAGAAUUGUCGAUGAGUUUUAUAAAAAAAUUGGCCUAAUCAUUACAAUUGAUAAGGAACAUUCAAGAUAAGAACGUUUAAGUAAAAAAACGAUAUGAUUUGACUGCAAUUAUUUAAAAAUAAUAGUUUCCAUCUGUCGAUGAAAGAAAUUUAGACAAUUUUAUUUACAAUGGAGAUUGGUGUUGUUAAAAUCGCAGAAGACAAAGAUUUUGAAAAGUUAAAACAAUUGUACGAUAAUAACAAUGAUUGGAAAUUAGAUUACAAUAAACCUGAUUUGUCAGUUUGGACAAAGACUGUUCCCGGUAUUAGUUUUAAAAUGGUAAAGAUUAGAACAAGAUUUUCUGAUAUUAUGCCGGAAACCCUGUAUGAUGUUUUACAUGAUCCUGACUAUAGGAAAGUUUGGGAUACUCAUAUGAUUGAAUCAAAAGAUAUAGGAUUUUUCAAUCCAAAUAAUGACAUAGGAUAUUAUUCGAUGUCCUGUGCUUCACCAUUGAAAAAUAGAGAUUUUAUAUUACAACGUUCGUGGCUUGAUACUGGAGGAGAACAGCUGAUCAUAAAUCAUUCUGUUUAUCACAAGGACUAUCCGCCUAGAAAACAUUUUAUUAGAGCGACAUCUUAUUUAACAGGUUAUAUUGUAAGGCCUUCCCGAAAUGGAGAUGGUUCUGAACUGGGUUACGUAUCACAUACUGAUCCGCAUGGUAAAAUACCAGUAUGGUUAAUGAAUAAAGUUACCCAAAUAUUUGCACCAAAGAUGGUAAAAAAAUUACAUAAAGCUGCUUUGGGAUAUUUAGAUUGGAAAGAACAAAAUAAUCCAAAUUAUAAACCAUGGCAUUUUCCAGAGCAAAUAACAGCACCACGAAUACAAAUAGCCGAUUGCGUUAAAUCUACAGAAGAAAAAAAUACCAAAGCUAACUAUGUCGAUGAGUCUGAAUUAAAAGAGAUACCUCGUAAACAUUCUACAAUAAUGGACAAUGAUUAAUAUUUCUGUAGUAUUGAUGUAGAUCUUUCCAUAGGUAAGAGUAGAUAUAUAUAUAUAUAUAUAGCGUAGUUUUGUUAGGUACACAUUUGCAAAGUGCAAAUCACGUUGUGUACAUUUUUUGAGAGGACAAAAACGUUUAUGAUGUAACUAAUGAAAUUUUACACUACGCAUUGCGCCUUGUUGGCUAUACUAUUUUUAAACGAUGAUGUUAUAAAGGACAAAUUUUAUCAUGGCCUGCUUUACAUUAAGCGCUAAUUUAAGCUUUUUUAUAAAUGAAUCCUACGUAUUGUUAUUAAUAUUAAAUAUAGUUCUAUCAAUUUCCAUAAAGGAUCUAAAGGAAAUGCACAAUAUAGAUAAUAUCUAGUUAAACACUUUGAUCUCUUUACUACGUACGUACAUUUUCUGAAUAUUUCAGAAUUCAAGGUUUUGCAUUUACAUUGCAUUUAUAUUGAAAACUAUAAUAUUAUAUAUAUAUAUAUAUAUGUAUGUAUUUUAACAAGAGAAACCAUUAAUCUCGUAUAUUGUGUGUUUCUAUMUCUCUCUCUCAUUAU